GUGUCGUCCGCUCAUCCAGUCGCCAAAUUCCAACGGCAGGCUGGUUUUGGUGAUUUUGGUACAGGCCUAAGUUGCCCACAUGGAAGCGGUGUUCCGGCUGUGUCUUGCCUACAAAGCACUGACGACAGGAACCUGACCUGCUCAUCGCCGCCAGAGCGGCCCGAUUUGCAUGACGGUCCCCGGAAUCCGGACUCGAACCUUGAGCUCGCUGGAUGCGGUGUGUAG